AUGGGCUUGCAGCUGAGCAGAGGAGCUCUGCUGACGGUGGAGCAUGUGAAGAAUUAUGUUAAUAUUUCAGUGGAAGAAGGCAAAGAAACCAUCCUCCGUGUGUCCGACCAUGUUUCGUUUACUGAUGUGAAUUCAAUAGCUCGGUAUCUGGCUAGAGCUGCUGCAUCUGCUGGGUUGUAUGGUUCAAAUCUGUUGGAACACACUGAGAUUGACCACUGGCUGGAGUUCAGCGCUACGAAGUUAUCUACUGCCAGCCAAUUUCUUUCAGCAGUCCAAGAACUCAACCACUGUCUGUCUCUAAGAACAUACUUGGUUGGAAACUCUCUGAGUCUUGCAGAUUUGUGUGUUUGGGCUGUAAUAAAAGAUAAUAACAUCUGGCAAGAGCAAUUACAGCAAAACAAAGCUCCUGUACAUGCGAAGCGAUGGUAUGGCUUUCUUGAGGUACAGCAUGCUUUUCAGUCAAUAGGAGCCAAGUGGGCAGCUGGUACACCCAAAGUUAAAAUGGCAACAGAAAAGGAAAAGAAAGCGGAUGUUGGGAAAUUUGUUGAACUUCCUGGUGCAGAGAUGGGAAAGGUCAUUGUAAGGUUUCCUCCUGAAGCAAGUGGGUAUCUGCAUAUUGGUCAUGCCAAAGCUGCCCUGCUAAAUCAGCACUACCAGGUUAACUUUAAAGGAAAACUCAUUAUGAGAUUUGAUGACACAAACCCAGAAAAAGAGAAAGAAGACUUUGAAAAGGUUAUUCUUGAAGACGUUGCAAUGCUGCAUAUCAAACCAGAUCAAUUUACAUAUACCUCAGAUCACUUUGAAACAAUAAUGAAAUAUGCUGAGAAGCUUAUUCAGGAGGGGAAGGCAUAUGUGGAUGAUACUCCUGCAGAACAAAUGAAAGCAGAGCGUGAGCAAAGAGUGGAAUCUAAACACAGAAAUAACUGUGUUAAUAAGAAUCUACAGAUGUGGGAAGAAAUGAAAAAGGGAACAGAAUACGGACAAACUUGUUGUCUACGAGCAAAAAUAGAUAUGAGUAGUAAUAAUGGAUGUAUGAGGGAUCCAACUCUUUAUCGUUGUAAAAACCAGCCUCACCCUCGUACUGGAAGUACCUACAAGGUUUAUCCCACGUAUGACUUUGCCUGCCCUAUAGUUGAUAGCAUUGAAGGUGUCACACAUGCAUUGAGAACAACUGAAUACCAUGACAGAGAUGAACAGUUCUACUGGAUCAUCGAGGCACUGGGCAUAAGGAAACCAUAUAUAUGGGAGUAUAGCAGGCUAAACCUCAACAACACUGUGCUCUCUAAGAGAAAGCUUACGUGGUUUGUCAACGAAGGGCUUGUGGAUGGAUGGGAUGACCCAAGAUUUCCCACUGUGCGUGGUGUCCUAAGAAGAGGCAUGACAGUUGAAGGGCUAAAACAGUUUAUUGCUGCUCAGGGCUCCUCUCGAUCUGUUGUGAAUAUGGAGUGGGAUAAAAUUUGGUCCUUUAACAAAAAGCUGCGAGCUAUCUGUAAGAAGGUUAUAGACCCAGUAGCACCUCGGUACACUGCUUUACUGAAAGAUGCAGUGGUCCCAGUAAAUAUUCCUGAAGCUCAAGAGGAGAUGAAAGAAGCAGCUAAACAUCCAAAGAAUGCCGAUGUUGGGUUGAAACCUGUGUGGUACAGCUCCAGAGUCCUGAUCGAGGGUGCAGAUGCAGAGACCUUGACAGAGGGAGAGGUGGUUACAUUCAUAAAUUGGGGCAAUAUUAUCAUCACCAAAUUAAACAGAAAUUCAAGUGGAAAAAUUGUGUCCAUCGAUGCUAAGUUGAAUUUAGAUAAUAAGGACUUCAAAAAAACAACUAAAAUCACUUGGUUAGCAGAAACUCCACGUGCACCUCUCAUCCCAACCGUCUGUGUUAAUUAUGAGCAUCUGAUCACUAAGCCAGUACUGGGUAAAGAUGAAGACUUCAAGCAAUAUAUCAACCAAAAUAGCAAGCAAGAAGAAUUGAUGUUAGGUGAUCCUUGCCUUAAGGAGUUGAAAAAAGGAGACAUCAUCCAACUGCAGAGGAGAGGAUUCUUUAUUUGUGAUCAGCCCUAUGAGCCAGUGAGUCCUUACAGCUGUAAAGAUGCCCCAUGCAUUUUGAUUUACAUCCCUGAUGGACACACUAAGGAAAUGCCAACAUCUGGGUCAAAAGAGAAGACCAAAGCUGAAACUGCAAAGAAAGAGGCUGGUUCAGCUAUAAAAGGAAAAUCUACUCCACUUGUUGGUCACACCUCUACUCCAAGCUGUACUGUAUCUGAAGAUUGCCUGGCCAUUUACAAGAGGGUGUCUGCACAGGGUGAUGUAGUUCGUGACUUGAAAGCUAAGAAGGCAGCAAAGGAAGAUAUUGAUAAAGCUGUGAAAUUAUUGCUGGCCUUGAAAGCAGAAUACAAAGAGAAGACAGGCCAGGAGUAUAAGCCUGGAAAUCCUCCAGUAUCUGUAACAGCACAGUCAUCAAAGCUUGAGACUUCUGGUACCCUGGACAGUAAAGCUCUGUAUGACAAAGUAGCAGAGCAAGGAGAAGUGGUCCGGAAACUGAAAGCUGAGAAAGCAUCUAAGGAACAAAUAGAUGAGGCUGUAAAAAUUCUUCUCAGUCUAAAAGCAGAAUAUAAACAAAAGACAGGUCAAGAGUACAAGCCUGGAAAUCCACCUUCAGCUCCUCCUUGUGUAUCUUCUACUGCCCUUCCAUCUUCUGUAUGCUGCAAUAACCUGUCAACCUGUAGCUCAGUGGAUGGCAAAGCACUUUAUGAUCGUGUAGCUGAACAAGGGGAAGUGGUACGCAGACUCAAAGCAGAGAAAGCUUCCAAGGAUGAAGUAGAUGAAGCAGUAAAACUCCUUCUUGCUCUAAAAGCUGACUACAAGGAAAAGACUGGGCAGGACUACAAGCCAGGACAUCCACCAGUAGCUCAAGGUGCUUUGCCUCAGGCAUCAAACGCAGUACCCAGUGGUCCAGACACUCCUGAAGCUAAAGCCCUGUAUAGCAAAGUAGCUCUUCAAGGAGAUGAAGUUAGGAAGCUAAAAGCAGAAAAAGCAGAAAAGGAAAAGAUAGAUAUAGCUGUUAAGGAACUUCUUCAACUGAAGGCCCAGUAUAAGUCUGUUGCAGGAGUUGACUAUAAACCAGUUUCUGCUAGUGGCAUAGAUGACAAAGACAAGAAGAAGAAAGAAAAAGAUAACAAGUCUGAAAAGCAGAGUAAGCAACAGAAGCAAAAUGAUGGCCCUAAAAAAGAACCUUUGCAAGGACAGAGUGGUAAUGAGCGCUCCUCAGAUGGAUCAGGAGAGGGUCAAGGCCCUAAGAAACAAACCAGGUUGGGUCUGGAAGCUAAAAAAGAAGAAAAUCUUUCAGAGUGGUUCUCUCAGGUGAUCACAAAAUCAGAGAUGAUUGAAUACUACGAUGUGAGUGGCUGUUACAUUCUUCGUCCUUGGGCUCAUGCCAUUUGGGAAGCUAUCAAAGACUUCUUCGAUGCAGAGAUCAAGAAACUCGGAGUGGAAAACUGUUACUUCCCCAUGUUUGUGUCCCAGGCUGCCCUGGAGACAGAAAAGUCUCAUAUUGCUGACUUUGCUCCUGAGGUUGCCUGGGUCACAAGAUCCGGGAAAACAGAACUGGCUGAACCAAUUGCUAUACGUCCCACAAGUGAAACAGUCAUGUAUCCUUCCUAUGCAAAGUGGGUGCAGUCACACAGGGAUCUUCCUAUCAAGCUUAAUCAGUGGUGCAGUGUUGUGCGCUGGGAGUUCAAACAUCCCCAGCCUUUCCUUCGCACUCGUGAGUUCCUUUGGCAAGAGGGGCAUACAGCAUUUGCAACGUAUGAAGAAGCAGCACAGGAGGUUUUGCAGAUACUUGAUCUGUAUGCUCAAGUGUAUGAAGAUCUCCUAGCAAUACCAGUUGUGAAAGGAAGAAAGACAGAGAAGGAGAAAUUUGCUGGGGGUGAUUAUACAACCACUUUAGAGGCAUUUAUAUCUGCCAGUGGAAGAGCUAUCCAGGGAGCAACAUCACAUCAUCUUGGGCAGAAUUUCUCAAAGAUGUUUGAAAUUGUAUUUGAAGAUCCCAAGAGACCAGGAGAAAAACAAUUUGCUUAUCAGAAUUCCUGGGGCUUGACAACUCGAACUAUUGGUGUAAUGACAAUGAUUCAUGGAGAUAACAUGGGAUUAGUGCUCCCACCUCGUGUAGCCUCUAUUCAGGUUGUAAUUAUUCCCUGUGGUAUCACAAAUUCCCUUUCUGAAGAGGACAGAGAGGCUCUAUUGAAGAAAUGUAAUGACUAUCGUAGUAGGCUGCUUAGUGCGAACAUCCGUGUCCGAGCUGAUUUACGAGACAACUAUUCACCCGGGUGGAAGUUCAACCACUGGGAACUUAAGGGUGUUCCAAUCAGGGUUGAAGUGGGACCACGAGACAUGAAGAGCCAACAGUUUGUAGCUGUUAGAAGAGACACGGGACAGAAACUGACCUUAGCUGAACAUGAAGCAGAAGAUAAACUGAAGCAGAUUUUGGAGGAGAUCCAUGCUAACCUUUACAGCAGAGCGUCCGAGGACCUAAAAAGUCAUAUGGUGGUGGCCAAUAAUAUGGAGGACUUUCAAAAGGAGCUUGAUUCAGGAAAGAUUGUACAAAUCCCUUUUUGUGGGGAAAUUGAGUGUGAGGAUUGGAUCAAGAAGACCACUGCCAGGGAUCAAGAUGUUGAGCCUGGUGCCCCAUCCAUGGGAGCAAAAAGCCUCUGCAUACCUUUCCAGCCUCUCCGUGAACUUCAGCGUGGAACAAGAUGUGUGUGUGGCAAAAACCCUGCCAAGUUUUACACCCUAUUUGGUCGUAGUUACUAAAUUACUCAUGAAAGAACCUUCUCCUUUACCUGUGAAUUGAACUUUUUUUAAUAAGACUGAAAUAGCCCCUUAAAUCGGUUUUGUGACUUUUUAAAUAAUUCAAAAGACAAAGCCAUAAACAAUCAUCCCCCACCCCAAUUGUCAGUCUUAGGCUAACAGUAAUUCGCAGACUUUUCUGUAAACAUCUCUAAUAAUAAACAUGCAUUGUGAGCUGUAAUA